AUGUCUAAGAUCUUUAUUCUCCUCAUCACCAUUUUGGGCUUUGGUUUCCACUUUUCUCUCGUUUCCGGCUACGGGCUAAUCAAUGAUAAGAUCUGUGACCCAGGUUCUCGGUCACCAUUUCCUUACACUGGAAUUAGGUUCUAUAAACGGAACACCUUCAGCUUAAACUCUCGAAAACUCUCCAGUAAUAUUCACAUCGCUGUUUGUAAUAAAGGAAGAAACUCUUUGGCAUUAACGGACAAAAUAUCAGCCAAAGACAUCAACGUGAAUUGGAACUCCACAAUCUGCAUAAAGACGGCAAACAAAGAUCAAUACAUCUUAAAGCUGCUGCUAGAAGCAAUUAGCCAGCCAUUCAAAAGAAGAGAAGGAAAUAAAAUAUUCAAGAUAGAAAAGUUGGUGCAGUUAAAAGAUGAUGGUUAUAAUGAUGUGCGCGCCAAGGAGCAACUUCACGGCACGAUAGAAUCAUUAAAGGAUACUAAUGAUUUUCAGGAAUCUUUGCUCAAGUCAGAUAUAAGUUGUUUUAAAAUUGUCAGGAACAAAAAAUAUCAUUCUAGGGAAAUCCCUAUUUUCAAGCCAUAUUCUUUUAUCGGCGGCAUCUUUCAAUGCCAUGUACCACCCUCGAUUUAUUCACAAUUAAGCCAAGAGUUUUUGCACAAAUCUUCAUCUUCAAAAUCCGUGGUGCUAGACGUUUUACAGGUGGAAAACUUCAAUUGUAAUAUAAACUAUCCGGUGGCUCCGUUAUAUUCUGAAAAUUUAUAUCACCAAUGGAUGAUCCUUAAAGUAAUUCCUAAAUGGAAAUCAAAGGUCUUCCUAGUUCCCCAAGCCUCGUUACAGUAUACCAUUCCAUUCUUGUAUACCCCAAAUGACGCCAAUUUCUUUCUUCAUUCCAAAAAACUAUUCAAAAAUGCAAUGAAUUACGAGAGGGAUAAUAAAGGGAAAAAAUGGUACCAUAAGAUUGACAUUAAUGAAGAAUAUUCAGCCAGCGAUGGUAAAGGAUCUGUUGGAAUAUUCUCCAAAAGUGUGAGUUUUGCAUUGAACAAGCUCAAUGAUAUGGCAAAGUCUAAAGAUAAUAGUGAAAAAAAUAUCCAGGAAGAAGCAUUGAUUGCCAGUAUGGUCAGCCAGUUUUAUAGUUCUGUGGAUGAUACUGAUGAAUACCUAAAUAGGGAAAAUGAUGGUGCUGGCCAAGAUUUUCACAAAAGAGCAAUCACUAGUCACAACCACUCAUAUUUAGAAACUGAUGAUGGGUUUACCACCAAAGUUGAGGAAAAAUUUGCACAGUUGGAUAGCAUAGAUAAAGAAUAUGAGCAAACUUGGGGACAAAUACUGCGCAACGGUGAUGAUAUAAUGGAUGAAAGAGUCAAUGGAAAUAAUCAACUAACAACCAGUGGUACUAAUGACAAUAAUGAUGAUGCGAGCUAUAAUGAAAAAAGCAUCACUGAAAAGCGAGCAGCUGAUGGUAAUUCGUUCAAGCAUAGUAUAAUUAAUCGAGAGGCAUUUCUCACAUUCUAUCGUGAACUAGAUUUAGCCGAAAAGUUCAUAUUAUUAGUCUUCGGGUUGAAAAAAAGAAAAAUCUUCGGAGUUGAUUUGAUGGGGGUUUGCCGUGAUUUCUUUAAUAAAUGA